CAGCACAGCACAGCACAGCAGGAGCAGCACUCGCCGUCGCGAACUCGACUCUUCUCGCUCGACGCCUGGCCCACCCACGCUUCACUCGCCAUCCGCAGCCCUCGCUCCUCCCGAGCCUUCGACCGCUCGAAAAUCAACACCACCACCACCAUCUCCGCCUCGAUCAACACAAAACACAGCAACAAGCCCUCCGCAGCCUCCCUGCUCUGCCAGCGACACCAAUCCACCAUAUACACACCCCACCAGCAAGCAGCACACAUCCGCCACAGUCAGGCGGCUUCGCAGGUUUUGGCCUUGCGAAACAUCUAGGGCGGUCGCCCUUCCCUCCAUCUUAGUCACGCAAGGGAAACUUUCAAGCUCCGACUUUUCUCUGGCAGAAUUGUCGUGAGCGAGAAAUUCCUUGAACACAAUCAUUUCCAAUGACCACGAGGAUCACUAUCGACACGCACCAAAGUCACCAAAGUCCAACGACCAGUUCGCUCUCUGAUUCUCGAUCCAAUUCGUUCGACGAAGGAAGCUCAGACGAAUCUUGGGAAGGUGUUUCCAGUGAGAUAGAUCCAAGCGAUUCAGCCUCUCGGCCUCCUACCUCCAACACAGGCUAUCGAGACCGUUCAAGCCGAAGUCGACCUCCUCCCGCAUCACGAGCCCCAACUCGGAGGCAUACCACCACCGAACGAACAAAUCGACGUCCGCCAGCCUCGCGUGUUCAUCGGCAUCCUGUGCCGGCACCACCCUCAAGCGUGGAUCCCGACGACUUCCCGGGCUAUGGCAGAGGCUAUCCUGCACCACAGCCUGGGCCCUAUGGUGGUAGGAUGCCUCUGCCAGGCUAUGCCCAGAGUGCGUAUUCGCAGCCAGGGCCAUAUGCGCCUCCCUUUGCAGCCCCAGGCGCAUUGACCCACUAUGGAGCUCAAGGAGGGCAAAAGAGAUGGCGGACAAAAUCGAAAAGGCCCAAAAAGCAUUGGCGGAGAAGGCUGCAAAGGCACAGAAGGAGUUGGACGACCGGAAUGCAAAGGAGGCGGCGGAACGGGCAGCAAUGGAGGCUGCAAGAAAAUCGGCCGAGGAGAAGGCAGCAUGGGAAAAGAAGGUGGAGCAGGAGAGAAAGCAAGCCCUAGCCGAUUUUGAGGAAUCUCAACGAAAAGCUGCUGCGGCAGCCGCGGCAGCAGCAAAGAAAGAUGCCGAGGAGAAGGCAGCAUGGGAAAAGAAGGCAGCAUGGGAAAAGAAGGUGGAG